AUGUUGAUUUUCCUAUCGCAAUAUGGCCACAAUCUCCGAUUCUUUCACGUCUACGUCCACAUUAAAGCCCCGAAGAGUUUUUCCUUCCAGCCUUGGCUCGACCAAUGUCCUAAUUUGGAGCAUCUCGUUUGUUUCAAGGAGCACGAAGGCGAUCAGCUCGUUCUGAUGUCACAUCCAAACCUCAAAUGGCUAGAUAUUUGGACGCUGCCCUUCCUUGCUGACGAGCUGGAUAGUGCACAUGAAUCCCAAAUCGACCUUGCAGGCUUCCCUGCGCUGCAAGGCCGCAGGCGACUGGAUAUAUCCCUGAGCCUUUUCUUCGAACUUCCUGUGGUCAUGGAUCCGAGAGCGCCACUUUCAGACCAGUUCCCUGGUGUUACAGCCAGCCUCGCCCCCGGGGUCGAUGUUGUUCAAACGCGUCACUACGUCACUUGGAAGGUUGACGACGCAGACAUUCCAUACAGUGAAUCGGAUACGGACUCGGACACAACUGCAAGUACAGACUCGGACUUCGAUGACGCCGAGGGCGGAGCCAAUCUUCAUAUCAGAAGAUUCAUAGUCAAGGGUAUCGACGACUAG